GCGAUAAGCUUCGCAAUGCGAUUUACACACAAUCUCACAGCUCUAGAUCACGUGUGCUAGCUCCCCCGCGAACCGACGUCAGCGGCCGUUCGUGCCCGGAUGCAACACCAUGUCGAGUCCCACAGCCGACACACGCAAAAUCAAGUUGUCCGUCUUGACUACCUCUGAUAUCAUACCUAUAUAACGACGUAGUUGGGAGGGUUUUAUUAGGCUGUUUCGUCUGAACAGCGACGACAUACCAAAAAAUGGAAGAGCAGGUGAACCGAUUAGCCAACAAGAUUUGGGAUAAAUAUCAGGAUGUCUCGGCCUCAAAACGAAUUCUCAUUGCAGUAUCUGGUAUACCAGGAUCGGGUAAAACCACGCUCGCGGCGAUAGUAUCGACCAGACUCAAUCAAAAACACGCUCAGAGGUCCCCAGGAACUGCCAACAGUAGUCCCCUCUCGGCUUUCAUCCCAAUGGACGGAUAUCACCUGUCGCGUGCCCAACUUGAUGCGAUGCCAGACCCAGACAGCGCACACGCUCGUAGAGGUGCUGUUUUUACCUUCGAUGGCGAUUCGUUUUUGAGUCUCGUGAAGAAACUACGACAGCCGAUCUGUCCGGAAACGCACACGCUUUAUGCACCCAGUUUUGAUCAUGCGAUCAAGGACCCCGUGCAGAAUGACAUCGCAAUUGCUCCAUCCGUCCGUGUUGUCAUCUUCGAAGGCAAUUACUGUUCUUUGAACAAGAAGCCAUGGAAGGAUGCGGCAGAGCUAAUGGACGAGCUGUGGUUCGUUGAUGUAGAUUUUGAUGUUGCGAGGAAGAGGUUAAUUUACAGGCAUGUCCAAUCAGGCAUCGCAAAGGACGAGGAAGAAGCGGCUAAAAGAGCUGAUGUAAAUGAUCUUGUAAAUGGACAGGAAAUAGUAGAUAAUAGGCUUGAGGUGCAUGAGCUAAUCAAGAGCAAUGAGGAUGCGCAAUGGGCGCCAGAGAAUCAAGGAGUCGGCGAUGGGAAAGACGGUGAGAUGAAGCAAGAGAUGGCGAGCUUGGUAUGAUAUUUGGAAUAACCUGACUUGAGCCAAGACGAGGCUAUCAGUGCACACCUAGAUCCAAACUUCGCACAGCAUGUAAAUAUUCAGACUCGCAUCGACCAAACACCCACAGAAUGAUUUCAAAUCCUGUUGUCCGAGU